GCUCCGACCCGCACGGCCAAGCGCGCUCCUAGCGUGCCCGGCGGGCGCGGCCCGGAUGCCCGUCGCCCCCGACCCCCCCCGGCACGUGACCCGGGAGCCCGGUGCCUCACGUGACACAGCCUGCUGCGGGCCGGGGGGGUGGUGAGGGUGUCCCCAGGGUGCUCCCCGGCUGCCCCCCCGCACGUGAUGCGCGACCAUCGCGACGAAGGCCGCCGCUAGCGGCAUCGCCCGCCUCCCGGACGGUCGGCUUCCUCCGGGAAGGCCGCCUGGAUUGAAGGAGACCACGUACAACCCAGAGGGCAAACAGCAUGGCCGAAAACCGAGAGCCCCGCGGAGCCAUCGAGGCUGAGCUGGACCCAGUGGAGUACACCCUGCGGAAGCGGCUCCCCCAUCGCCUGCCCCGGAGGCCCAAUGACAUUUAUGUCAACAUGAAGACUGACUUUAAGGCCCAGCUGGCCCGCUGCCAGAAACUGCUGGAUGGAGGGGCUCGGGGUCAGAACGCAUGCAAUGAGAUCUACAUCCACGGCUUGGGCCUGGCCAUCAACCGCGCCAUCAACAUUGCCUUACAGCUGCAGGCUGGCAGCUUCGGGUCCUUGCAGGUGGCUGCCAAUACCUCCACCGUGGAGCUUGUCGAUGAACUGGAACCGGAGAUUGAUACGCGAGAGCCGCUGACCCGGAUCCGCAACAACUCGGCCAUCCACAUCCGUGUCUUCAGGGUCACACCCAAGUGAUUGAGAUGAGGCUGGCCCACCUUAUCCACCCACCCCCGUACAGCUAGGCUCAGAUGUGGCUCUUCUUGUACUGAGUACUGUCAUGGACCUUCUACCAGAGCCAUGUAGGGAAAAGCCUGUCCCCUCGCAGCCCAGAGGACUCUGAAUUGAGAGGGCGAAUAUUGUCUUUGUUGGGCCCAAGCAGUGGGGCCUCCUGAAUCUUUGCGGUCUGUAACCAUUGUCCUAUACAAUAAAAAGUAUCAAGUUGUGUUGGUGCCCGGCCA